CCUUUGCAGGAUGGAAAUCCCUUUGGUCCCUUCUGGGAUCAGUUCCAAGUGGAUUUUGAUAAGUCUGAGCUCUUCAAGGGAAUGUCCUUCAGUCCUGCGUACAAGGACCACUGGAUCCGAAGAUUUUCACCAUCUGAGCACCCUGUACUUGCCUUACCUGGAGCUCCAGCCCAGUUUCCAGUCUUAGAGGAGCACCGGCCCCUCCAGAAGUACAUCGUGUGGUCUGAUGAGAUGGUGAAGAAAGGAGAAGCCUACAUUCAUUCUCUGCUGGUCAGGCCCUACGUGGGGAUCCACCUGAGGAUCGGCUCUGACUGGAAAAAUGCCUGCAAUAUGCUAAAGGACGGGACGGCUGGGCCACACUUCAUGGCGUCGCCUCAGUGCGUGGGCUACGACCGAAGCGCUGCGGUCGCUCUUACCAUGGACAUGUGCCUGCCAGACCUCAGGGAGAUCAAGCGUGCUCUCAGGCUCUGGGUGGAGAAGAUAGAAGCUAAAUCUGUUUAUAUUGCUACUGAUUCUGAGCCCUACACAACAGAGAUCCAGCAGCUCUUCCAAGGAAAGAUCAAGGUGGUUAGCUUGCAGCCAGAGGUGCCUCAGAUUGAUUUGUACAUUCUUGGCCAGUCCGAUCACUUUAUCGGGAACUGUGUCUCUUCUUUUACUGCCUUUGUGAAAAGAGAACGUGACGUGCAUGGAAAACCCUCCUCGUUUUUUGGCAUGGACCACCCACCAAGAUUACGGGAUGAAUUCUGA